GAUCUGGUGAUCACCAUCCAGGAAUCGUUGGCCUAUCAGAACAUAUGCAUGUUUCCAACAAAGGAGGAUAGGGAUGAGAUACGUAGGAAUCGUGUGAAUAACCCUGUCAUCAAUGCCGAUGACUUUCCUAUUGAAGAUGAGCUGGAAAAUGACCAAUACAAUGAUCGAUGUAUUGAUCAAGCGAUCCGUAUUCUUGAUUUUGUAACGCACAACAUAGAUCUGGAUGAUCCACAGGAUGAUGACAUCGAAGAAACGCC